AUGAAGGGGGCUACGAAUCAGUAUAAGAGUCCUCUUACAGAGCAGCGUAAACAAGACGAAACUGCGUUCGUCAUUGGGGAAGAUGAUGAUGACCAAGCCCCGGCAAGUCCUACAGAUGAUCCAGACGGCCCCGCUGAGACGAACGGCGAUCCCCCCAAAGGAAAUGAUCUAGAGGAUUCAGCCUUGAUACAGCCAGAGCUUGGGGAAGCAACAGUACCUGCAGUGCCCAAGAAAUAUUGGCUCACUAAGGGUGACACCUUGCAUGGCAUAGCCUUGCGGUUCAAAGUCAAUGUAAAACCACCACCGCCUCCUCCUGAUGCAGAAGAAAGGGAAGAGCGAAGAAAGCGAGAGCGCGCCGCAAAACAGUUUCAGUUCGUAACAAAGGAAGUGGAUUGGGGGGUAGCGAAAACUUACGUUGCUCUAGCGGAUGAUCCUGAUAUGGAUGUUGCCUACGGUAUGAAGCGCAAAGAGAUGGGGCGGCCAGAUUCUGGGAGUAAUCGACCUGGUGUGGCCAUUGACCAGUAUCUUGACGAUUUGGAGUGGGAGAGAGAACAACUCAGAUCAGGGGUAUCUCCAAAGAUAGCACCAUUCCCAUUCUUCACAGGCAAUGCAUGA